CUCGCUGGGCAUCCUCUGGUGACGGCCCGAGUGGGGCCCUCCGGCCCGGUGGGCGGAAGAGGCGCGGAGCCCUGGUCCGCAGAGUUUGACAUUAUGGCAGGAAGACACCAGAAUCGCAGCUUUCCUCUUCCAGGGGCUCAGGCAAGUGGCCAGUUACUUGCUUAUGGAAAUUGUUCAGAGACUGACAUGUUGGAGGAGGAUGCUGAAGUGUAUGAGCUUCGAUCCAGAGGAAAAGAAAAAGUCCGAAGAAGUACAUCGAGAGAUAGACUUGAUGACAUUAUAGUACUAACAAAAGAUAUACAGGAAGGAGAUACUUUAAAUGCGAUAGCCCUUCAAUAUUGUUGUACGGUAGCAGAUAUCAAGAGGGUUAAUAAUCUCAUCAGCGAUCAAGACUUUUUUGCCCUUAGGUCUGUCAAAAUUCCAGUAAAGAAAUUUAGCUUAUUGACUGAAACACUUCAUCCUCCAAAAGGAAGACUGGCUUCUCGUCCUUCGUCCGUGCCACGUGAUGCAGGACAACAGGAAACUGUGCCGGCUAGUGAGUCUCUUUCCUCCAGCGAGUCAGCUGGUAGCUUUUUACAAGAAGUGGACCGAGACAUAGAACAAAUAGUAAAAUGUACAGACACCAAGAGAGAGAACCUUAACGAAGUGGUAUCAGCCUUAACAGCACAGCAAAUACGUUUUGAACCUGAGAACAGAAACACUCAACGGAAGGACCCCUAUUAUGGAGCUGACUGGGGUAUAGGAUGGUGGACAGCCGUAGUGAUAAUGUUGAUAGUAGGUAUAAUAACCCCAGUAUUUUAUUUGCUGUAUUAUGAAAUUUUAGCUAAAGUGGAUGUUAGUCACCAUUCAACAGUGGACUCUUCACAUUUGCAUUCAGGAAUCACACCUACAACACAACAGGGAGAAAUGGCCGAUGGAAUUGCUCCAACGAAAGGAACAAUGCACUUUGGCCAGCAAGACGGCCACAGAGUCUACAGUCACCAUGCUCAGGCACCUGCUACUCAACACGAAACAUAGCCAUUAGUUCAUAAUCGCCUUUACUGAUCACGUGUGCUUAUGUAAUGUGGCAAACCAUUUAUAUCCUUAAUAACCACUGAAAUGGCGGUAUUUAGGAGAUUGAAGAUGCCUUAUUUUUGUUUUUCACCCUUUUUUGAGCCAUUACAAGGGAAGUAUGUGUAAAAUCAUAAACUUACUAGUUCAUGUUACAAGCAAAUAGUGUGUUUUUGAUACAGCGCUGCUUAAAGUGGGGAGUGAAUUUAAAUACAUGUUAGGCAAUUCUGAAGUUGCAAAAUUAUCAUUUUUUAAUACAAGGUUUGUUAUGCCUAUAUUUUACUUAAUAAGUAAUUGUUUUUGUAAAGUGGUUUUUAAGUUUAUUAAGCAGUAUGAAUGAUAACACCAGAUGUGUGCAACUGGAGAAAAUUUAUUACUAUGAACCAUCAAAAUAUUUAGUUUUUAAAAAGUUGAUUGAUUCUAAAAUUACAUAGGAUACCAGAUAUUUAAUACUCCAAUUUUGAAACUUAAAAAACACACAUUUAGCAUCUAUGAUAUAAAAACAUGUGGAAACAUAAGAAAUCAGUGUGUGAUUUAUUAUAAUUCUGCUUCUUACCUAUUUCAUAUAGUAAGAAAUAGAUUGAAUACCAAAUCCCCCAAGUAAUCGGUCCUGGGUGGGAAGCUUCUAUUUGGUCUCUAGAACACUGGAAUAUGUUCAGACCUACGAGGGAUGCUCUGCCCUUUCAAGAAUGCUUUCUCUGGACAGACUCUUUAAACUCUGCUCUGGCUUGUUUUAAAAAUGAUUAUAUUUGCCUUCAAUAUCUGAAAGUACUUUUGCAAUUCUUUGCUAGAAAAUGUUAGAAAUGAACAAAUUAGCAUUACUUAGGAAAUAAUUCCUUACAGACUGUGAUAAAUCAUUCCUGUUACAUGUAGGAAUGUGCCUUGAUUACAUUUAAUGCCUUAAAUUUUUAUUUUCUGGAAAUCAAUAUAAUUUCUAGAAUUAAAAUUGAGCACUACUUCAAACAGUCCUUUCAGAUUGAAUACGUAUGAAACUAUCUCCGCCUUCAAUUGAGCUUUACAAUGAAGUCAAAAGAUCUUUAUUACCUGCCUUUGAGGUCUGGCUCAUUGAGCAAAAACAUGCCUUUUACAUUAGCAAUAGCAGACAGAGUACUGAUUCCUUAACCCCUCUGCUUUUCCAAGAGAAACAUGAAUUAGACUUUGAUCCUGAACUCUGGCAUCAAAUUAGGGGAUGGAGACCAAGUGUGUGGACUAGCAGAGCCAUUGAUAGUGCUUUCAGACCUGCUGUGGAACUGCCUUUCUGACUGAAUAAGCGUCAUUUCCAUGUUGGUUCUGUCAUUUAACUUUUUAAAGUAUGUGCUUUUAAAAUGUAACUACAGUGACACAUUGGAAGUGAGUUAAGUGGAGUCUGGAAUUGGUUUCAUUUAAAAAUAAAACAUGUACUUUAGAUAUAUAAUUCCACCUCCUUUUCUGGGCAUUAUUUCCUACUCUAAUGUUUCUACAUUGAGAUCAGCCAUUUUCUAUCUCAAACUUCAGUCUUGAUACAGACUGGGGUCGACAUACAAGUCAAAAAGUUCAUGGAAAAAACUCCAUCAUCUUUUAAUUCCAUUUUUCCAUGAAGUUCAUUAAGCCCCCUCAUAUUUGUAUAAAUUGAGCUUUACAUGCAUUAAAAGACAAAACAAAGCAAACAUUAAAGCCCUUGCGAAUUUAAGAGGACCUUAGACAAGUACCAGAAAGUGUGAAUAGGGAAAUUGUAGCAAAUUUUUUUGCGUAAAUAUUUUAGUUUAAAAUUAUUUGUUUGAAUGUGCCUUGGGCAUCUUAAGAAGUAUGAUCAUUUUAACCUAUACUCAGUGUUAUCUUGCUCAGUUUACAAUGUAUUUAUUAAAUACGCCUGCUGAUAACUUAUGUUUUAGGGAGAAAAUACAGAUGAUUUUAGGAUAGAAUGGACCGGUGGCCUGUCAACAUUAUGUGGCUUCAAAGUGAUGAGAUGAUGGUGUGAAGUCAGUGAUUCCUUUACUAGUGGCACUUUGAAAUGAUGGUGGAAGGCCAAGGUUCCAAACUAAGUGGACUGUUUUUUAGAGGUAAAUGUGCACUCUGUACUUGAGUUUAAAAUCCUUUGUUCUCCAGAAUACCUUUUUGAAAGAAAAAUAGCAUUUCCUUAUGACACAAUCAGGCAGUUUUCUUACCUCUGUGUACUACAAUUAUGUACUGUUAGUUAAUUAAAUACAUAUAAUUUAUAUAAUUCUAUAUGUCAUUUGUAGAAUUAGAUUCUGGCCUUUAAGUGAUAUUUUUAAGAGAAAAUUUCUAGGCAUUUAAUAGCUUAUAUUACUCUAGCUUUUUAAAAUACAAAAAUAUUUAAUCCAAUUGAUAGCAAAUUAUUUUGUAUAACAAUAACCAGCACACAGGUGUUGUUUGAUAGGGUGGCUUUUAAUUGUGUUGAGACCCUUAUUUGAACUCAUUUUGAAGCUCUGUUUACAUAAAAUAGUAUACACAAACACACACAAUACCAAAUGUAAAAGUAACAGAACCAAAUGAUUACAUUGCGUUAAUUUAAAAACUUCAUGUUGCAAAUGAAGAAAAAUCUGAUUACUAUCAAAAUAGAUUCCCAAAUGGGUAAACAUAGUUAAGGGAUUUUUAAAAAUUAAUGGAUGUCCUUUGACUUUAAGUGUUUCCUACCUGACACUGAGAUCAUCACAGGAUUCGUGUCUUUAUUAAAGCAUGUGUUUCUUCAGUAGAUAUGUUAAGGAUUAGUAAGAAGACUGAAGGAGAGCUGUUUUUAAAAAAGCUUUUCUUUUCUGAACUCUUCUUGCUUGUUAAGUGGACUGAACAGUUUGUUAGGUGAACCACUAUUUAGUACUCAUUUUCUUUGACGGUACAUUUCAGAAAUAACCUAAUUGGAAAUAUGAAGGAUACAAUUAAGAGUUUUAGAAAUACCCAACAAAGGAUCCAAUCAAAAUGUUACAGGGUAAAGUUGAAAAAUGUUUAAAGUCUGUAUUUAAAUGGUGCAUUAUAAUAGAAAUGAUUAUUUUGAAUUUCAACAGUGUUGCUCAGGAAAUCAGUAUUUUUUCUAAAAGUAUGUGCAUAUUGCACAAUUAGAUCAUAGGAAUAUCUGAAUACUUUAUUUAAUUAUCUUUAUGUAUGUAAACACUAUAAACUCUUGUAUAUGUAUUUUAUGCAAAUAUAUUGUAGAACAUUAUGUUAGCACGUACAUCUGUAAAAGUGGUUUUUGAAACUUUUCCCCCUAUUUUUCAUACUUUAAAUGAUUUGCAAAAUGUAAUAAAGUUUCUAUUUUAUUAUUCAGUCUAAACUGGUAGCUGCUGAGUUUAAUUGAAUAACAUCGAAGUAUAUCCUCACAGGAUGUGAUGUAGAGGAACUACACACAAUAGAUGAAAUUGCUGUUUACCAAUUCAGAUGUCACUGUUCCAGUGACACGGUCCACUGAGUUCUCUGAAGGAGAUGAAAUGAAUUGUAGACAGAUGUCCGUUGGCAUCUUCCUCAUGGAAGGAGACAGUGAAGUAUGAUUCAUGGCUUGAGUGUAAGACGCUUGCAUCACAGUCAUGUACUAUUUAUAUGAAAAAUGUAUAUGAAGACAAAAUGCUUCAACUUUCAGAAUGUUAAGUUUAAUAGUAACAAAAAGGAGACAGCCAUUGGAGAUUUUGUCUAAUAAAGGACUUUGUGAUAAAAUU